AUGUCGACCGCGAUCGCAGCGCACGCGGGCGCGCCGAUCGAGUCGGACUCCGACUCGGGCUACCGCAUGCCCCCCGCGGAGAUCGCCUCGAUCGUGGACAUGCCCCCCGAGCCCUCGCUGUCCUUCUCGCCCUGCCGGAAGCACGUGAUCCAGCUGGACAACCCCCCGAGCAACCCGCCCGUGUCGGAGCUCGCGCGCCCGGAGCUCAAGCUGGGCGGCCUGCGCAUCGACCCGGUCCUCAACUCGCGGUCGCGCAUGUCGUACUACACGGGCAUGUCGCUGGUGGCCGUCGACGAGGACCUCGCGCUGCCGGCCAAGGAGGGCGGCGAGUCGAGGCUGCGGCCCGUCGCGGGGAUCCCGGACCGCGCCUGGCUGAACUACGUGUCCUUCUCCCCAGAGGGCACGCGCGUGGCGUUCUCGGUUCGCUCCCCCGGCGAGCGGCCGGACGACCCCGCGCGCAAGCCGCUGGAGCUGUACGUGGGUGACGUUGAGACCUGCGAGGCGCGCAAGGUGCUCGGCGACAUGAACGUGAUCUUCGACGACUACGUGUGGCUCGACGAGGACAACGUGCUCGCGUGCACCAUCCCCAAGGGGCGCGGACCCGCUCCGACGAAGCCCGAGGUUCCCACGGGUCCGAAGAUCCAGACGAGCUCCGGCGGCGGCAAGGCCCAGGCGCGCACGUAUGCCGACCUGCUCAAGGACGAGCACGACGAGCGGCUGUUCGAGUACUACGGCGAGAGCGAGCUCACGCGCGUCAACCUCGCGACGGGCGAGACCACCACGCUCGGCCCCAAGCGCCUGUACACCUUCGUGCUGCCGUCGCCGGACGGCAAGUACCUCCUGGUGUCCUACCUGAAGCGGCCGUUCUCGUUCCUGGUGCCGUGCGGGCGCUUCCCGAAGGUCGUCGAGCUGUGGGACGUCCACGGCAACAAGCUGUCGACCAUCGCGGACCUCCCCCUCGCCGAGGACAUUCCCAUCGCGUUCAACUCGUGCCGCAAGGGCCCGCGGCAGGUCGGGUGGCGCGACGACAAGCCCGCGACGCUGUACUGGGCCGAGUGCCAGGACGGCGGGGACCCCGCGGUCGAGGCCUCUCCGCGCGACAUCGUGUACACCAUGACGGCGGAGGAGUCGGCGCAGGGCAAGGAGCCCACGCCGCUGGUGACGACGGACUUCCGGUACAACGGGAUCGGGUGGUGCGACGGCGACCUGGCGAUGGUGUACGAGAGCUGGUGGAAGACGCGGCGGAGCGUCGUGCGGUGCUUCGCGCCGGACACCCCGAUGGAGGGCCGCACAGAGGAGGUGCUGUUCGACCGCAACUACGAGGACGUGUACUCGGACCCGGGCGUCCCGCUGACGCGCAAGACGGAGUACAAGACGUCGGUGCUGCUGACGCUGGAGCCCGAGAGCGAGGACCAGGGCCGGCGCGUGGUGCUGCUGGGGCAGGGCGCGACGCCGGAGGGGUACCGGCCGUUCGUGGACGUGAUGGACCUGAAGACGCGGAAGAAGCAGCGCGUGUGGCGCUGCACGGGCGAGCAGUACGAGCGCGUCGGGACGCUCAUGAACGACGAGGUCGGGAAGCAAUACACCUCCCUCGACGGCAUGCGCUUCCUGUACACCACGGAGACGGUCCAGGACCCCCCCCAGCACUACUUCUUCGACUUCGCGGUCGGGGCGAGCGCGACCGGGAACGGCAACGGCGACGGCGACGGGACCGCCCCCUCGGAGACCGUGGCCAGCCAGGAGGGGGAGGAGUUCGAGCAGCUGAUUCAGGGGGAGGUGUCGUUCUCGAAGAAGCAGAUCACGUACUUCCCGCACCCGUACCCGACGCUGAAGGACCUGCAGAAGAAGGUCCUGCGGUACAAGCGCGACGACGGCGUGGACCUCACUGCCACGCUCUUCACCCCCCCCGGGUACGACAAGGACCGCGACGGCCCCCUCCCGUGCAUCAUGUGGGCCUAUCCGCGCGAGUUCAAGUCCAGGGACGCCGCGGGGCAGAUGCGCCGCUCGCCGCACCAGUUCUCCGGCGUGGGCUCGCUGUCGCCCAAGCUCUGGCUCACGCGCGGGUACGCCAUCCUGGACGGCCCGACGAUGCCCAUCAUCGGCGAGGACGACGAGGAGGCCAACGACCGGUACGUGGAGCAGCUCACGGCGAGCGCGCGCGCGGCGGUGGACCACGUCGUGGAGCUGGGCUUCGUGGACCGCGCGCGCGUCGCGGUGGGCGGGCACAGCUACGGCGCCUUCAUGACCGCCAACCUGCUCGCGCACUGCGGGGAGCUCUUCGCGUGCGGGCUGGCGCGCAGCGGCGCGUACAACCGCACGCUCACGCCGUUUGGGUUCCAGGCCGAGGAGCGGACGCUGUGGCAGGCCCCCGAGACGUACACCAAGAUGAGCCCCUUCAUGCACGCGGACAAGAUCAAGAAACCGCUCCUCCUGAUCCACGGCGAGGACGACCCCAACCCGGGGACGUACAGCAUGCAGAGCGAGCGCUUCUUCUCGGCGCUCAAGGGCCACGGCGUGGAGUCGCGGCUGGUGCUGCUGCCGCACGAGGGGCACGGGUACCGCGCGCACGAGAGCAUCAUGCACACGCUGUUCGAGAUGGACGCGUGGCUGCAGAAGCACUGCGAACACAACAAGCCCGGGGAGGACGCCGACACCGACGUGGUCGACGCGGAGACCGUCAGCGCGGCCGCGAAGUAG